UGAACAUGUUUAUUUACUUCUUUAGAGGUUAGAAAAAUAAAAUUUCAAUUUUCAAGCCGAAAAAAAAAUUCUACGGAUAGAAAAUGCACAGCAUUUGUAGAAAUUUAUACAGAGCGUACAGCGGAAACACUAUCAACUCAUCACAAUUACCUCCAUUGAACUUGGGAAAUAUUCGAAAAGAAUAUGUAGCAUUAGGAAUCAAGAAAUAUUUCUGCACCUCUGAAAAUACACUAGAGCAGGUUUAUAAAGAAGUGAGUCAAGGAGAUGAGGAGGUAGAGUAUAGGUUGAAAGUAUUAACGAUGGAAAUGGAGUUGCUUCGGCAAGAAGGUGAAUUAGUUCCGGAAACUGAUAAAUUGAAAGCAAAACAUUUCGUAGAAUUGUUAAAAUUGAAACAUAGGAAUGGUAGAAAAAAGUAUUUGGAGUAUAUAUUCAAGUUAUGCAAAAGGAAAGAAAAUGAGUUGGAAAAAAAGAAACAGAGAGCCUUACAGUUCGAAGAACACAAAAAAAACAGGUUACCCAAAGAUUUACCAUUUGAAGACUUUGUUCAAACUUAUGAUCUACUGCAUAAUAAUAUAUUGUUGAGAAUAAGAGAUAAAUCUAUUAAUAACUUAUAUAAUAGCAAACUAAUUAAUGCUAUGAGGUUUGGUCAAAAACUGGUAUUUGACUGUGGAUUUCAUGAAAAAAUGACGGAUCGCGAGAACAGUAAUUGUGCUAAACAAUUGAUGCUUUUAUUUGGGGAAAAUAGGAUCCAUGAUGAUCCGUAUGACCUUCAUUUGUGUAAUUUCGAUAAGUCUUCUGAGUUAGGGGAAAAUUUAAAAUCCUGUUUGCCUACAAUGUAUGAUCCUGAGUUUCCUUUGAAUAUUCACCAAGAAAGUUAUUUAAAUCUUUUUCCUAAAGAUCAACUAGUAUACUUAACACCUCACUGUAGGCAGGAAUUGUUAGAGUAUGACCACAAUGCCAUUUAUAUAAUAGGGGCGAUAGUAGAUAAAGUAAAUCAAGCACCUUUGUCCCUGGCGAAAGCAAAGGAACAAAACAUAAAAAUGAUGAAAUUUCCUUUGGACCGGUACCUAUCUUGGGGGAGUGGUUCAGGCAAAAGUUUAACUCUGAACCAAGUUUUGUUGAUUCUUCUCGAUUUGAAGAAGACAGGAGAUUGGAAAUAUGCCUUGAGACAUGUGCCACAAAGGAAACUGAUCAGAGACGAAGACAUUCUUCAGGACGUUAAGGAAAAAUUGAAUAAUACCAGAAAAAAAUGGAAUCAAUAUGCUGAUUUGAAUAAUUUGAAAUAUAAUAGAAGAACUGGAUUCAAAAGUCAAAAAUCUGAAUAUUCCAAAAACCGAAUGUCUGUAAUUAGUUCUCUCAGGAAAGAAUAAAAUAUUUAAAUCA